UCUCCGGGUCCGGGUGGGCUGUCGGGGAGUUGCAGGCUGAGUGGGGCAUGGAGGAGGAGGAGCAACGGAGGCGCGAGGCUGACUUUCCGGGAAGGCCAGCGGAGCGCCGCCGCCUCGGCCGAGCCGAGAGCUGGCAUUCACACCCCUGAUAAAGUGAAAUCUUCUGGUGUUGAGAGUCCACUUCCUGAAAGAAGAUGGGUGCACCCAAUCAAGAACCCAAACCUGGAGACCUGAUUGAGAUUUUCCGUCCUUUCUACAGUCACUGGGCCAUCUAUGUUGGUGAUGGAUAUGUGGUCCACUUGGCUCCUCCAAGUGAACUCGCAGGUGCCGGGAUGACCAGCAUCCUUUCUGCCCUGUCGGAAAAGGCCAUAGUGAAGAAGGAACUGCUGUGCCAUGUGGCCGGGAGUGACAAGUACAGGGUUAACAACAAGCAUGAUGACGAGUACCAGCCGCUGCCCCCCAGCAAAAUCAUCCAGCAGGCAGAGGAGAUGGUGGGCCAGGAGGUUCCCUACAAGCUGACCAGCAAGAACUGCGAACACUUUGUGAACGCUCUGCGCUACAGAGUCGCCCGCAGCGACCAGGUCAGAGAUGCCAUCACAACAGUGGGCAUCGCUGGAAUGGGAUUGGCAGUUGGAGCCUUCCUUGGAGUCAUGUUUUCAAGAAACAAGAAACAAAAGCAAUAAGUGGGAAGGGCCAUUCAUGAGUCCGAAUUAGGGGUUCUCCUUUUGCUAGGAGCUUGGGGUUUUGUAUGUGUGUUUCAUUCUGUUUUAUAAUGAGAGUUAUAUUUGCAGGAUAAAAUAUAGAGCAUUUAGAGGGUUACACGGGAGGAAAUGCUGCAGAACCACCCGUGUUGCUAAAACAUGUUCCUGGGUGCGGUGGUUUGAUUCAGGUGUCCCCCCAUAAACUUAGGUGUUCAGAAUGCUAGGUCACCACCUGAUAGCAGUUUGGGAAUGGAAGCCUCCUGAAGCAGUGUAUUGCUGGGGUCGGGCUUAUGGGUGUUACAGCCAGCUUCCUCUUGUCAGGGUUGGGCGCACUCUCCUGCUGCUGUUGUCCAUCUGAUGUAGGUCUGGAGGUGAUGUCCACCCUCUGCUUAUGCCAUAGCUUUCCCCUG